GGAGGCGGGGUCUGAGCGGGGCGGGGGGUGGGGAGACCCUGCGCCGGGCGGGGCCAGAGAACCGCGGGCCUGGGUCUCCUCCGCGCUGCGGACCGCGUCCCCGCAGGUGAAGGGCUCAGGGCGCAGGCGCGGCACGGGUGAGGCGGGGCACCCAAGGCGUGGUGCGGGGAGGCCUGCGGAGCCGCCCCACGUCGCUAGGGUGUUCAUUUGCCACAUGAAGACACUGAGGCACGGAGAGGCUGACGUCACGCCAAAAGGUCAACCUGUCCUGACUUUACCAUCCCCCCAUGCAGAACUGGACGGGCUUUAGGAGUGGCUGCUGAUAGAAAAGCCAGUGGUUGUCUCAGCAACAGAAUAUUCGUUUAGAGCCAACAUGUAUGUGGGCCGCAGUGUUCCAGACUCAAACCAGGUUCAACAAGAUGCCCAUCAUGGUGGAUGACGUCAUGAGGCUGCUCGGCUCCAUCGCUGAGGAGAGGAAAAUGAAGGCAGCCGUCAAGCACUCUGGGAAGGGUGCGCUGAUCACAGGAGCUGUGGCCUUCAUCGGUGGUCUGGUCGGAGGACCACCCGGAAUAGCUGCGGGGGGGGCUGUGGGGGGUCUGUUAGGUGCAUGGAUGACAAGCGGACAGUUCAAGCCGAUUCCUCAGAUCAUAAUGGAGCUGCCGCCCGCUGAACAGCAAAAGCUCUUUAAUGAGGUCACCGCCAUCGUCAGGCACCUGGAGUGGACGGACGCUGUGCAGCUGACCACACUGGUCAUGGGCAGUGAGGCCCUGAAGCAGCAGCUGCUGGCCCUGCUGGUGAACUACGUCACCAAGGAGCUCCGGGCCGAAGUUCGGUAUGAUGACUAGGUGGCCCCCCCCGGGCAGUGGGGGUGUCAUUGAGAUGAUUCUCCAGACUCCCAGAAGGGGUCACAGGAGUGGGGGAAGCCCCACAUCCUCAGUGCUUUACCUUAAAUGGCGUGAAAUCUGCCGGAGAGGCCACUACUGGGCUGUAUCAUGUUCUGGAAAUUAUUUAUGAAGACGCUGUGUUUGGGGUCGUGUGCGCUAGUAACGCGCAGUGACAACACUUUCGCUGGGAGGCUGGUGAAAAGCGAAGCUGUGCCUGCCGCAGACAUGGGGUGACAGCUUGCUGAACCCACCGUCACUUGUAUGGGACCCAAGCGGGAGGCCCUCGUGUUCCGUCUCCUCACCUGUGAGGACGAGCCCUGUCCCAAGCACCUGUUACAGGACUGGUUCCCCGCCUGGGGCCCAGGGUCUCAGGACCUGAGAGCUGGCCCAUGCCGGAAUCAUGUUUACCUCUUCCUGUGCCCCUUCCCUGACCAGUGACUCUGAGCGGCCCCAUGGAGGGGCAAUCAGUCGCCUGUUGAGUGAAGCCACAAGCAUCCAGGCCCCCAGCCCUCCUCUACUCAGCACACCUGGCUCUCACCCUCCCAGGUGUUCCUCUCCCCAUUGGACAAGUCGUGGUAGUUCUUGAGUUUUGCUUUUUAAAUUAAAUACUUCCAGCGAAGAAAUUGCUCUUUGUGAAGUGGUGGGAUCUAAGCAAUGUGUCCACCCCGAAUUUCCCCAAUACUGUAUUCACUUUGCUUUCGGAAACGUAACUGGACUAGGUGUCAUCAAAUUGCAAUAAAUGUUUUGUGAACAGGA